GUUGGUGUCCAGUAGUUCAGCGGUAGUGCUGGCCAGGAUUCACCGUUCAUAGCCCUACCACCAGGCUAGGCGCAUUGCCCCGUUCGGAAAGGGUCUUGGACGGGGUCCCUGCAGUUCAGUUCUUCCCCGCCACUGCCAGCCUGCCAUCCUACCACUCUGUCUGAUUGACUGCUCGUCCCCAUGGCACGUCUUUCCAGAGAUGGUUAUGAGCCUGUUGCCCGUUCAUCUCUCGAUGGUGAAGAGAUCGAUCUCGAGGACUUCAAAUCAUCCACCUCUUACCCUCACCGUCGUGCCUUCCCGGUCCAUUACUGCCUCUCGGCUUUGAUCAGCGCAGCCAGAGGUGUGAGGAGACGGACAAGACACUGGCUUCCCAUCGCCUGGAAUCUGCGUCGACUUUUAUCCACCAUCGCUUGGAUUCUUCUGGCCCUCAUCAGUUUCACCUUCCUCUUUGUGCCAUCCUAUACCCAUCUACCGCUACAUUAUGCCGCGCUUCGCAAGGUCGUACAAGAGUCAACGAAAUCCGGCCGAGGGAACCUACGCAACUCGACCGUCUUCAUUGCCGUCAGCCUCUAUGACAAGAACGGGGCCCUGGCAGGCGGACAAUGGGGCCAGGCACUCCUCGAUCUGAUCGACAUGAUCGGACCAGACAACGUCUUUCUCAGCAUCUACGAGAACGAUAGUGGCGUGGCCGGGGAGGGGGCUCUUCAGCAGCUGAGCGACCGUGUUCCCUGCAACAAGUCCAUCGUGUACGAAGACCACUUCAACUUCACCGGCUUUCCCACCGUCACUCUCCCCGAUGGAUCAGAACACAUCAGGCGCGUCGAAUUCCUGGCCGAAGUGCGCAACCGGGCCCUACGCCCUCUAGAUGAAUACCCCGAGCUCCGUUUCGACCGACUCCUGUUUCUGAACGAUGUCUACUUCCAUCCACUGGACGCCCUGCAACUCCUCUUCUCAACCAACACGAAGAACGGUGUUUCGGACUACCGCGCGGUAUGUGCAGUGGACUUUAUCAAUCCCUUCAAGUUCUACGAUACCUUCGCCUCGCGCGAUCUAGAAGGCUACAGCAUGGGCAUCCCCUUCUACCCAUGGUUCACCACCGCCGGAAAAGCUCAAAGUCGACAAGAUGUACUCGACGGGAAAGAUGCCGUGAGAGUGCGCAGUUGCUGGGGAGGAAUGGUCGCAUUCGAUGCCGGUUUCUUCCAGCAUCCACCUCUACAUCCACCUUCCAUCACCUCCACUUACAAAACCAACAACCAAAAAGAAUACAUGAACCGCCCCUCCCCCGUCCGAUUCCGUGCCGAAACCGAUUUAUUCUGGGAAUCGUCUGAAUGCUGUCUCAUCCACGCCGAUAUCCAAACCCCACCCUCACUGUCCUCGUCUCCCGAAGAGGUUACAGACACAGGAAUCUACAUGAACCCAUUCAUCCGCGUCGCAUACCACCCUCGAUCUCUCAGCUGGCUCGGAGUGACUCGACGGUUCGAGAAACUUUAUUCUUUGGUCCACAGGAUCACGAGUCGCAUUGCCGUUUUGCCUGUAUAUAAUCCACGUCGGACGGAAGUCGCAGGCGAGGAAGUCCAAAAUAAGAUGUGGGUGGCUGAUCAAUCCAGUCCACGUGGUGGAAAAUUCUCGACGGUAAAAAGAAUUGCAAAUGGGGAUGGGUUCUGUGGAAGAUGGGAUAUGCAGGUUCUCUCAAGGAGAGAGGAGAAUGGGGAGGGGGGCUGGAAGUUUAUUCCGGUACCGUCCGCUUAGCACAUGCUCUCUCUCUCUCUGUUGGUGGGGGGGUUCUAGUUCUAGUGAGCGUUAUAAUGUCUUCUUAUUGUAUGAUAUCUUAUCCUACUCUUUAUUUGCGUCAAGUUGCAGACAGCAAUGGCGAAUCAGUCAUUGGGUCUCUCUGGAUAAUAUAUAUCGGCAGCUAGCCCUAACCCGAACCUAGAAUGGAAUGCAACCAAAAAGUAUGGAGAUAAACCCAAAAUCACAAC